CCACGAUGGGCAAGAAAAUCGAGUGCUACAUCGAUUGCGUCUCUCCAUAUAGCUUCUUUGCACUCUCUUAUUUAAGAGCGAAUAGCGCAUCUCUAGCAGCGCUUGCAGUGGAGGUGGAAUUCUUUCCUGUGUUCCUUGGUGGGAUCAACGUCGGCAGCGGAAACAAACCGCCAUGGACGAACGCGCAGAAAGCAGCCUACGCCCAGUACGAUGGGAAACGCGCCCAGCAGUACUUCGGACACGCAUUCGAAGUGCCUUCAUUCUUCCCGAUUCUCUCCCUUUUGCCACAGCGAGCAAUGACUUACGUCAAACAGCGCUACAGCAAUGAUCGCUAUGAGCUGGCAUUCCUCCGGUGCUUCGAGACCAUGUGGAAUGGGCAAUUGGAUAUCUCAAUCCCUGACAAUCUCUGCACUGCACUCCUGAAGCUUUUCAACCCCGAUGAGGUCCAGGAAAUUCUGCAGGCAGCUAGUAGUCCCGAAAUCAAAGAGGCCCUGACGAAGAUGACUGACAAGGCAGUUCGGGAGCUAGGUGCGUUCGGAUGCCCUUGGUUCUGGGUUCAUGAUGGCAAAGGCAACGCAGAGCCCUUCUUUGGCAGUGACCGGUUCCAUUUCAUGUGGAAUUACCUGGGACUUCCACAUGAGGACUUGAAGUUGAUUGUUGGUGCAAAACUGUAGCUUUCUUCACGGCAAAUUUCCACGCCAUGACCCGCAUGGACCCUAGUCAUGUAAAUAUUUUGAUUGGCCUUGUAGAAAGAAACAUGCGUGCACAGGAAUGGCAUUCCGAACCCGAAAUCAGUAAUACUCGGAUGCCAUGGCCGCCAUUAUGGGGUCUAACAUCAUCAUUCAUCAUCAAGUCUAGUUAGUGAUGGAGUAUAAAGAAACCAACUCCAUCUCGAGUUAGGGCAUCUCGAUGUAAAUCGUGGUCCCCGCUGUAUUCAGCAUUAUCGACACCAUGUAUACACUCAGCUCAUGGCUGCUGCUCACAGGAGCUGUGGCUGCCCGUGUUUGCGAAAAU